AUGGACGGUCAGCUUAUGAAAGCAGUCGAAGAUGCUGUGAAGGAUUUGAAGAAAAUAGUCUCUUCAUUGUCUGACAAGGUAACUCUUCUAGAAGACAAAGUGAAAAAUCUUAGGUCGAGUGGUGAUAAUCCGUCGGAGGAGAAUAAGCAGUCGGACGAAGAGGAUGAUGUUGAUAAGGCAUCGGAGGAAGAGGAUGGUGGUGAUAAGGAGAGUAAGGAAUCGAAGGAAGAGGAUGAUGUUGAUAACGCAUCAGAGGAAGAGGAUGUUGGUGAUAAUGAGAGUAAGGAGUCGGAGGAAGAAGAUGACGUAAAUAAAUACAUUCGCAAUGUUACAAACGAAGUGCUGAAGGAACAUGGUGAUGUUGAUGAUAACAUGGAUGAAGAUACUGCACAUAUGAUUGUUCAUGCUGAGAAGCAUGAGAAGGCAGAGGCUGAGAAGGCAAAGAAGGAAAAAAAGAGGGGGAGAACAGAUGAUGGGAAACAAGCAGAACCUUCAAAAAAGCCAAAGGGUUUAGGAAAAGGAGCGGAGGAGGAGGAAUCGGAGGAGGAUGAGGCAGCAGAUGAAGAGGUAGCAGAGGAAGAGGCAGCAGGGAAGAAGAUCAGAGGUGCAAAGAAGGCAGCUGAGAAGAAGGCAACAGCUGAGAAGACAGCAUCUGAGAAGGAGACAGCUAAGAAGGCAGCAGCUGAGAAAGAGACAGCUAUGAAGGCAACAGCUGAGAAGGAGGCAGCUGAGAAGGAGGCAGCUAAAAAGACAGCAGCUGAGAAUGCAGCAGCUAAGAAGGCAGCCUAG